AUGAAAGAGCAUUUCGAGAUGGAAGCAAAUACUUACUUCAACAGACUCCGUAACCGGGGAUGCUCCCAAGGGGUUGGAUCACCAACAAAGAAGCAAAACCACAGAAUCGAAAGGAGAAGGAAUAGACCGAUCUCCUCUCAGCUCAGCCUACGGGCACAUCUGGCCUAUGAAAAGCAGAGAGAGAUCACGCCUAAAAGCUUCUUCUUCCACUCCUCGCUUGACCAGAUACGCUUGGUUCACCAGGUUGGUUCUACCACUGGAACUGGAGUAACGGAACAGAUCUACGAAUUCUUUGCUAGCGGAAAGCAAACUCUAACUAUACCCUAUCUCCGGAUCGGUCGUACGCCCCAACUGCUCCGAAAGAAAGAAACUCAAUCUUCCUACUUCCGAAAGGUUUUCAAAAAUUCGUUCGCCAAGUUCCGGAGUGAGGGUUGA